AUGACGCCCCGGGCAGUGUCGGACGCCCCGGGCAGUGUCGGACGCCCCGGGCAGUGUCGGACGCCCCGGGCAGUGUCGGACGCCCCGGGCAGUGUCGGACGCCCCGGGCAGUGUCGGACGCCCCGGGCAGUGUCGGACGCCCCGGGCAGUGUCGGACGCCCCGGGCAGUGUCGGACGACCCGGGCAGUGUCGACGCCCCGGGCAGUGUCGGACGCCCCGGGCAGUGUCGGACGCCCCGGGCAGUGUCGGACGCCCCGGGCAGUGUCGGACGCCCCGGGCAGUGUCGGACGCCCCGGGCAGUGUCGACGCCCCGGGCAGUGUCGGACGCCCCGGGCAGUGUCGGACGACCCGGGCAGUGUCGGACGACCCGGGCAGUGUCGGACGACCCGGCAGUGUCGGACGACCCGGGCAGUGUCGGACGCCCCGGGCAGUGUCGGACGCCCCCGGGCAGUGUCGGACGCCCCGGCAGUGUCGGACGCCCCGGGCAGUGUCGGACGACCCGGGCAGUGUCGGACGCCCCGGGCAGUGUCGGACGCCCCGGGCAGUGUCGGACCGCCCCGGGCAGUGUCGGACGACCCGGGCAGUGUCGGACGACCCGGGCAGUGUCGGACGCCCCGGGCAGUGUCGGACGACCCCGGGCAGUGUCGGACGACCCGGGCAGUGUCGGACGCCCCGGGCAGUGUCGGACGCCCCGGGCAGUGUCGGACGCCCCGGGCAGUGUCGGACGCCCCGGGCAGUGUCGGACGCCCCGGGCAGUGUCGGACGCCCCCGGACAGUGUCGGACGCCCCGGGCAGUGUCGGACGCCCCGGGCAGUGUCGGACGCCCCGGGCAGUGUCGGACGCCCCGGACAGUGUCGGACGCCCCGGGCAGUGUCGGACGCCCCGACAGUGUCGGACGCCCCGGGCAGUGUCGGACGCCCCGGGCAGUGUCGGGACGACCGGGCAGUGUCGGACGCCCUGGGCAGUAUCGAACGCCCCGGGCAUCAAUGCUAG